CCUGUCUGAGUUGAGGGUUGGAGUUUAUUUUGGUAUUCACAAUUCACCAUUUUCAGUCGGAACCAUACUACAAAUUCCAGGUCGCAUUAAAAGUCAGUCACAGGAGUUGGUGCUCCAGACUGAGACCUGUCUCUUUCCAAUAGGAAAUGAAAAGUUCUGAAAUUUCUCUAAGAAUUGCGUUGUACAACCCGUAACCAACAUGGCUCGGAUUGGGAACGAGUGCUUCAUAUCCAAAGCGUCAAUUUUUAUCUGGUUCCUCUGUGCUCUUACCUUCUAUGCUCUUUUCAACAUAGCCCUUCGCAAUUCAUCAGAAUGGUCUAUCUCGUAUUCUGAGAAGAGGUUGAGGCUGUAUGAUAAGAUGGAAAGGGAUUUGGAGGAGCAUGGUGCUGGGUUCCUUAAACAUGGAGAAACUUCUCAAUCACUGUCCCUUUCGGAUCUGUUCUCUCUCAAGGAUGGGAUUGUCACUCCUGUGCUGAAGGAUGCAAACCCCCCUGUUCGAGCAAAUGUAUUACACCUGGGUAUAGAAUAUUCUGUUCACAUCUCGGAGGCAGUAAGGACCAUUUUCUCACCAUACUUUGACAAGGCAAUUUGGUUUCAGAACUCUAGUAGAUACCACUGUAGCAUGUUUCAUGCCUCACAUCAUGCUAGGCCGGUCCCUGCCACAGAAGCGGAGAUUGAAGCUGAAGCAGAUGCUGUUAAAACUCUUGCAGAGGGCUUAUGUCCAUUACACGUUGUUCUAGACAGAGUGAUUCUGACCUCAACUGGCGUGCUUGUAGGGUGCUGGCAGGUUAUCUCUGGUACUGAUCCUGUAAUUAUACGUGACAGGCUGAGAAAUGCUCUUCCACAUGCACCAGAGAAGCAAUUUUAUGAUGCUGUUAUUCUUCACACAUCAUUUGCAAGGCUUUUGGGUCCUCCCACUUUUCCUGAGGAAGCAAAGAAUUCAUCCGUGCUUGAGUUUUUUAAGAUACUUGUAACUAAAUUAAACAGAGAAAUCCGUGGACUUCAGGCCACAAUGUCUGAACUCUGGUAUGUAGAAGAGCAUCAUCUGUUGGCACUUGCAAUUGAUGGAAGUAUGAAGAUUCGCAAGUUUCAACUGGGAUGCUUAAAAGUCUGAUAGCAGUGUACAAGUUUCAACAUUUCUACUGUUAUACGUACUUCAUUCCUGUCCUGAAAAAAACUUCAUUAUUGGUAGUUAACUGAACUCUCUCUCUCUCUCUCUUAAUAUAUGGUUUUGGGUAUCAAUUUCUUGGUCCAAAAAGGUGGAAUCUCCCAUCCCAGGAGCCCCCCAUACCCCGACCCGACAGGAUUUUUGGGAGGAUGUUAAUCACGGUGACUCAGUCGACCCAAUGAUGGUAGGCCUUUUUCCCGUGCGCACCAAAGGCCCGGCCUUAUUUCAGGUUCUGUGACCUCAACACGGCCGCUGCGGGUUUCGAACCUUGGUCACUUGGUCCAAAUUUCCCACCACUGAACCAACUGAGCUACCCGUGCGGUGAGCAUUUAUUUCUUCUUCAUUAAUCAAACAUCAAGCCGAACAAAGAGUUCUUUUUGGAAUAGGAGUACGAUUCCCACUUCACUAGCAAGAAUGGAACAAAAAAACGUGCGUGUUUGUGAUAUGAGAAGUAAUUCUAAAUGCUUCUAGUUGAGUUACUUGAGUAAGGUCGUAAGGAAUGCAAGUAAUUUUAAUAUGAUACCUUAUGCUAUAAUUAGGGAUGGACUAAACCAGGCCGGCCUGGCCUGGAACCGGCCCGGCCCGCUACUGUGCGGGCCCGGACCGGGACCGGUUGGCCGGUUCCGGGCUUUUAGCCCGUUUGGGCAGGGCGGGCGGGCCGGGCUCGGGCCCAACUUUUGUUAAACCGGCCCGGGUGGUUCGAUCCGGGCCCGGUUCAAUUUUUUUUUGUUUUUUAAUUUUUUUCUUUUCCUAGGGUAGGGCUGGG